AUGGAAUAUAUUGAACCUUCUCAAACGCCGGUUCCAGAGGCCAAACCUGAAGAUAAAGAUGCUGUCAAUGUAAAAACUGAAGAAGCAGUCCACUCAAUUGAAAAUGAGAUUGCAAAGACUUACAAUGUUGUUGAGUCGCAAGUCUCGGGCCUUUGGCUGUCAGCAUCCAAAAAUGCCAAUGAAUUGCAAGAAAAAUACAAGUUGGAAGAGCGCAGAAAGCAAUUGUUAUCGCUGCUUAAUAAUGCUACCACCUCCAUCAAUGAAAAAGCAAAGAUUACCGAAAAUAUCCACCAAAUUGAAGACCAAUUGAAGAAUUUGACCAAGCAAGUUGAUUUCAAGAACUUACAAAGUCAAGCCAAUAAUGCAUUAGACAAGCUUGAUUCUAAGUUGGAGAUAGUUGAAAAGGAGGCGGUUAAGUAUGCUUCGCAAUUUGCUUCUUUCUUUUCUGGGAUUGUAAGUGUAAACCCAGUAUCAACCAAGACUGACGAUGACUUGACCCAAGGAGAAACAUUAUUUGAUAGAAAUGUAGUCUCCCAAAACUAUGGUAACUCUCGUUACGACACCGAAAUAUAUAAGUUACACACCACACCUUCAUAUUACUUGGAAGAUGAUGGCAGCGAUGCCGCCGAACUUAAGGAUUUCCAAGUUGACCUGAAGACCGAGGAGAUUGCAGGUUUACUUUCGAAGUACCCAGAUACCUUGGAAAAGUUAAUGAACAGUUUAGUUCCAGUCAAGGCGACCUAUGAGCUGUUCUGGUUCCGUUACUUCAAAGCUGAGCUGAAAUUGAAGGAAUCUGAGGCUAAGAGGAAGGAGUUGCUCAGUAAGAAGAAGAAGAGUGAGGAACUGAAGGGUGACAACGGUGCCGACGAAGACGACGAGGAUGACGACGAAGAGGAGUUUACUUGGGAUGACGAUGAAGAAGAAGACGAAGAUGAAAGUGACAAGAAGAAAUGA